AUGCACGUAAGUCACUUGAACAUGGAUUCGAAAGAAAAGGAGACAGUUGUGAGAGAGCAGGCGAUGGGCGGCAUAUCUCUCUUUCAGAAGUACAUCGGCAUCAUAAUGAACUACUUCAACAAAUACUUGUGUUUGAAAUGCAACCAACCGAGUUGCAACACUGCGAACUGUCUGAAGAAGGAAGAGCAGGCAGUCAGCGAUGAUGGAAGCAACGACGAUCUUGACCUCCCCCCUGCUGGCGUGGCUCACCACGUCAAAGCCAACCUCAAGUUUUGGGAAGAUUAUACGGCCGAUCAAAUCAAAGCUCUGCUGAACUUUUUGUUUAGAGAGUGCACAGACGAGGAAGAUUAUGAAUUUCCGUGCUAUCACGAUUCCACGUGCUAUGCAUACGUGCUCCAUGACAAUCUCACCCAACUGGUUUGCAAGUGA